UAUGUUUAAGCUGGUUGCAUAGAAAUGUGACUAAUGUUGGUCACUUGCUAGGGAUUAAAGAUUAAGAACAAUUGAUGCUGCUGUUUACACUGAAUUCACAAAGACCGAUUAUUGUAAGAAUACAAAAUCUCUGUUACCAUUGGCCUAAAAGCUGCAUAACAAUUAUUGGACUCAUGCACAAAAGCACAGUUUCUUUAGUUGCUCAUUUAUAAUGAAAGGAGGGUGCAUGCCAUUUUUAUUAUAGCAAUUUCUUAACUGGAAACAGGAUAUCUGCGACAUCUGAAAAAUCCUCAGAAUGACAUUGGGUUCCUUUUGCUGGUGUCUUAUGUUGUCACAAGAAGAAUAAGCUGCUGUCCCUUUGGAGCAUUAUUUGCUGUUUUAAUUUACUCGCUGGUGAUGAACAACUGAAGGAAACUAUAAGUAAAGAGAAAUGGCGGAAAAUGCAAAUAUUGCCGAAAAUAAUGAGGCUGUGCCAUCAUCAGCAAUUCCAGUACAAAUAACUGACAACAGUGCUGAGAUAACUACACCCAAAUUGUGUGAAAUAUCUGAAUGUGAUUCCAGCAUAACUCCUACUGAAGAAAACAUCUGUAGCCACCUUGGGAACAAUGAUCAGUCUGCAAUUCCUGACCUGCAUACAGAGAUAAAGACAGAAGAAGAACAACUGGAAAGCAGUAUACAACAUGAAAAUGAAAGUAAAGACAUCCACAUCCAGGAAACAGAAACUGAAGAACAGGAUUGCAAUAAUAUAUUAGGUUCAUCUGUCAACAGUGUCCUAUUAUUGGAUUUACACAAACCUGAAGAGCUAAUGGAGGCUGAAUAUAGGGAACAAGGUGACAGCAUAGCAGAAGCAGAUAAUAAAUGUCUUAUGAAGCAUACUGAGUCUAUAACAAGACAAGACGGAGAAGAGAUUCUGAUUACCGACGCAUCGGCAGAAAAUAUAAACAAUAAAUAUGAUAUAGAAAAUGGGGAAGAACCAUUUUUUGAUGAGCAAGAGAAUGAGCCCAGGGAUUCCCUUUCACCCAGUCCUAGUGAUAGUAAUCUUGAAUCAGCUGAAGAACAACCAUUCUUUGGUAAUAGACCAGAUAUUUCCAGACACAGUUACUCUAGAUAUGAUACCGUGUCAUACCGUAAGAUCAGGAAAGGAAACACAAAACAAAGAAUUGAUGAAUUUGAAUCUAUGAUGAAUAUAUAGUUUCAGUUGUAAUAUUUGCAUUAUUAACAUACUUAUAGUACUAUUAAACAAUUGUUGAACAUCUAGA